AUGAUGAAAAAUCAGCGAUCAUCUUUACGUGCCUCAAUUUGGCGACGGCAUGCCAAAAAAUCAUCUUUUGACCGCCAUCGAGCGUGUCUACCUCCAACAGGUUUAGAUUCUUCUAAACCCGUUGCCAGCAGCAAUAGCGACGAACGCAAUCAUCAUCAUCAACAACACAAUAAUGAUACCGACGUCAUCCCUAUCGUACUUGUCAAAUGCAAGCAGGAAUUGCUAACUCGUGGAUUGCAUGUGGAAGGGAUAUUUCGUCGAUCAGGAUCCUCCGCAACGAUUGAACGCCUGUUAAGAGAAUUUAAUGAAACCCGCGAACCCGACUGCAUAGCAUUGGACACGAUCCCAGUGCAUACAAUUGCUGGUCUAUUUAAACGCUUUUUGCAACAACUCUCCGAGCCCGUAAUCCCACGUUCAUAUCAACCUGAAUUCCUUCACAUUUUUGAAAGUACAACAGAUAACCAUGAGAGACGCCAACGGCUUGUGACAACGUGUAAAUCACUACCACCAUGGCAUGGCAGCUUGCUUUCAUUUGUGCUAGCGGUAGCCCAUACCAUCAGUUGUCAUUGUGAUGAAAACAAAAUGUCAGCUGAAAACUUAGCAAUCAUCUUUGCGCCUACUUGCAUACGGCUUGAUGCUAUCAGCCAUCUCUUGCCAGAUCAUUCACCCUCUUUAUCAUCAUCCAUGAGCACCAAAUCAUUCUCAUUUUCAUCGCAAUUGGGUGGCUCCAAAUUGUUUCGAAAGGCAUCCUUGAAGAGACGAAGCAGCAGUAAAAAACUAGGCAAUCAUACCGCCACAUCCACCACAUCACUACCAUGUCAAGAAAGUCGAUGGGGUGAUAUCUGCAAGUCGAUCCUCUUACCAAGGCGAAACAAUCACAAAUCAAGGAACGACACUCAUCAAGAUGAUCCAAAACGACCCGUACCACGCUAUGAGCCGGAAAAAUUAAUGCAGCUGGAUUUAGUCAAGGCACAAGCAUGUUGGAGUCAAUUGUUUGAAUUGAUGAUCAAUGAUCCACCUUUUGAAACAACACACCAGCACAUUGAGAACACCAAUAGGCAUUCGUCUCUUUAUUCAUCCUACAUGAAUGAAGCAUUGACGAAACAACUGGAGGAUCAAGAUCAAUCAUCUACGCAAGAUACGCCAAGCACAGUGUACUUUGACUCGUUGGAUGAACAAGAUCCUGCUGGGCGUACCAUGUUGGAUAUUCUUGAUGAUACCAUGGCCGCGUUGAGUGAAGACACAGCCGCAUUCUUUGAAACAAUGGUACCAAGUGAGAAAAUAUUAUCGCAUCGCAGCAAACGAAGUACACAAUCCGAUCAAGCAUCCACGAUAUCAACUAUGACAGGUGCCACUGCCAACACUACUGCUACUACUACAACGGCAGCACCUGCCACUGCUAUAGUUGAAACGACUACUACCACUAAUACUACUACCAACACGGCUACUGCUGCUGCUGUUGUCGAUGGUGAUCCACGUGACUCACCAAGAUUUGCUGGUACUAAAUAUGAAGCUGUUUGGCAACAUUGGCGAGAGCGUGAAGCAGCAGAGCGAGAACAGCAACUACAACAACCGCAACAACAACCAACACCUGGGCCUGCACCACCACGUUCAAUGAAGCGAAGCAGUGGUAUCCCACACCAUGGAGGUGAUUGGCUUAAAGCUUUGAGCCAACAUCAUUUUGCUGCCGAUAAACAACGUCCUCUUUCACUCACUUUCAUGCCAAGGUCACCUGCACAACAGAGACUCUCUGCAUUUUUACGUUAG